AUGGGCCUGACGAAGGACUAUCUUCGGUUUGAGCACAGCGGCUCGUGUGGCUGCGUCGCUUCUACAAACGGGGAACUCGUCGCAAUUGAUCCCAACACAGUUGCCGUCGCCUCAAACGAGUACCUCAACUUCUACAAUGUUCGCACAGCAGAAAAGGUAAGCUUUCUACAAUUUGAGAACAUGUUCAAAUUCUGAGCUUAAUGAAAAGAUGAAUUUAAAGGCCAUGAAUAAAUUUACUUACAGUAUUGUACUAAUUUCUAUGUCUGACUAUUUUUUUUUGAGAGCGGAAAAUUAAAAAUCGGCUCAUCCUACUGACAUAAAGUCAGUUUCAUUUUGAUGUGAGCAUUUCAGAGUAUGUUCAAUUUCAGUUUGACCGAUGCUCUGCUUAUUUUUUCUCAGUUGAUAAAGCUCAAAAGUUGUCGCAAGUUAUGUGUUUGUACAAAGAAUUUUCCAAAAUAUCGUAUAAAUCUGAUAAUUUCAUAUUUUUCAAGUUACGAAACAGAGAAAACAGAAAUUUUGCUCUAGGAUAAUAGGCCUUAUGUACAUUCUCAAAUCUCAUAAAGGUUGCCAUGGUGCUGAAGCAAAGGGAAAGCAGAAGAUAUCAAGUAAAAUCUUUUAAAACGACAAAAUUGAACAAGCCUGCUUUCUUUGCUUAACAUGUUUGCCGACCAUCCUUUUCACGCACCCAACCUAUUUUUUGAGGCAAAAUAGGUUCUUUUCUUCAGACGGGCGAGCUGAUACACACACAGAAAGCAGUGACUUGUGUUCGGCCGUGCGUGGGGAAGCCUUUGCUCGGCGUGGGCUAUGGAGACGGGUCGGCACGGCUUUAUGAUCGACAAGCCGAAGGUCUUUCAUCUACCUAACAGCUAAAAACAAAACACGGAAUAAAAGGAGAUUUUGAGCAAAUUUUUAGAGAGAGAAAAAGUGUCUUUUUUCACAAUAAAGCAAGAAAAAAGAAAAAGUUUUUUGCAAAAUUAGUAUUAUUACGAGGGAAGAAGUUUGAGAUUGCAGGAAGCCUCAUGUCAAAAGAAGCGUAGAAGAUUUUUAAGUUGAUAUUUUUAUUUUGAGCCUCAGGUUGACUAAAAAAAUUUAAAAAAAAAACAAAAGAAGUUUGCUUUUUGAACAAUAUAAAGGCCAUAGAUAGCUUGAUAAAAAUUAAAAAUUUCGGCAAGUGUGGACAUUUUUUUCAGAUUCGGAGCCGAUUGUUUUCACCGGCCACAAAAAAGCCGUCAACUGCUUGGAUUUCAGUUCCGACGGUCUUUUUAUUUGCCACAGGCGGAAGGGUGCCUACAUUUGAAUAAUAAUAAGUUUUAUUCGAAAAAGUUCAGGACGGAAUCAUAGUUCUUUGGGACAUUCUGGCCGAGCGAGGCAUGUUCCGACUCUUUGGCCACAAGGAUUCUAUAACGCAGUUGAAAUUUGUCCGUGGAGACCAGUUUUUAAUGUCCAGGUAUUGUUAUAGUCUCUGAAAGUUCUAUUUUUUUUUUCUGUAUUGUCUUUCACUUUUGAGGAACCUUUUGGCUUUGAAACUUAUUUUAAACCUUUGAGCUUUUUCUCUUCUUUUUUUGAACUAUUUUUUUCACUCUUGUAAAUAUUUAUUUAUUAUUAUUUAAAAGGAUAAAAAAAUGUUUGGUGAUAUUUUUUUAUAAGAUUAGUGUUUUUUUCAAGUGCUCCUAAGCAGAAAAAAAGAAGAUUUCGAUAGUUUUUUUAUUUUCAUUUCGACAGCGCUAAUGAUCAACUUUUUCGAAAAAUUCGAUUGGUUUUUUUCUAGGAUUUUAAAAAAACAUUUUUUUGACCUCGGUAUUUUUUUUCCUUUAUUUUAUUCUGCUUUUAACAUUCCAAAAAAUUUCGAAAUUUGCAUUUUAUGCUCCUUUUAAAACUUCUAACAAACAUUUUUUUCAUCUUUUUUUUUCAGUUCAAAAGACGGCCUAAUCAAGUUUUGGAGCCUCGCCAGCCAAACUUGUUUCUAUACGCUUUUUGAACACCGCAGUGAGGUUUGAAUAAUUUUUUUUUGAUUUUUGUUUCAAUUCUAUUUUUUCAGGUUUAUUCCAUGUCCCUUCUUCGAGAUGAAACCAUCUUGGUGACGGCCAGCACAGAGCUCGAAUUAAUGGUUUUCGAGCUUUCUUGGAAGUCGGGAGAAGUUGUGAACAGUGUGAGAUACUGAUUAACACGAUUAUAAUAUAUAGAGAUGAUUUUAAGACCUCAACUGACGCUCCGGACGUGAAAAAAAGCGGCUGGAAGAGCUGUCAGAAGAGCAGAAGGCCCAAGAUUUGGCGAAUAUGGCCAAUGUGAGAGACUUUAUAUUCAUUUUUUUCUAGUUCUGGAAGCUUUUUUUAAGAUUCUUUUUUUCAAAAAUGAGACUGUCAUGCACAGAAAAGAAAACUAUACCUAAUAAUCCUGAAGAAAACUCUGUUUCCUAACUAACUUUUUGUUUUAUCGGGAGUGAGAAAAACGGAAAACUCUUUAUUUCGUUUCGGAUUGAUGAGAAAGUCAGCUUUGAAAUGAUGCCUGCAAAAUUGAAAGCGCGAAUUUUCACUUCAAAAUAGAAAAAGGACAGGCUUAAUGGCUUUAAAAUCUUAUUUUUCUUCUCCGGUUUCACUUUGAUUUUCUUGUAAGCUGUUAUCUAUUUUUUCACGUGGACGAAAAUAUGCAGAAUACAUAAUAGAAAUUAUUUCAGUGAAGUGGAAUCCUUUAUAGCCCUUUACACGUCAGCUUAUCUCUUUUUUUCUGCGAAAAAAAAACCAAAUUUGACCAAUGAUCAAAUUUCCUUUCGAGACCUUCGUUUUUCAUUUUUGAACUUUUUUGGUUUUUUGGCAAGAACUUUCGAUGAAACUUUGUUGAAGUGUAUUUUAGGAUCUCCUGAUUGCAGAACUAGAAAAAAAUUUUUUUGCAAUAAAUUUUGUUUACAAUUUAUGAAGCUUCAAAUUUGGCAAAAUACGGAAUUUAUGCUGAAAAAACGCUAUUUCAAGCUUUUGAAGCCCCUUCGACUCUAAAAAAAGAUCUAUUGAUAGAAAUUUUCAUACUUGUUCUGGAAUCAAAACGUCCUUAAGUACAAUUCAUCAAGCAAAAUUGCAAAAAAAAAAUCUGGAUUUUCGAUACUUUAUCUUCAACUCUUACUCUAUAUCUAAUCGAUUUUUUUGAGCGACUUUUUCCGGCAUGUCGAAAAAAAAGGGGGAAAAAAAAUUCAAUGGAAAGAUUUCCGGCCUGAAACUUUGAAAACUCUAUUUUUUGUUACUUAAAAACUUUCACUUUGACGAGAAGAAAAAAAUAUAUAUCCAAAUUUCUCCAGCGGUACGUAUCAGCGAAAUACCGCGGUCGGCUGAUCAGACAAAGUAAAGGCCGCGCCUUGCAACUGACGGCGUCUCCCGACGAGAAGCUUCUUGUCUGUGUGGUUCGCUAGAUUCUCACUAGAAACUCGUAAAAAUACUAUAUUAGGGAGCCGACAAAGUCGCCGACGUGUACAGAGUCUUCAGUGAAGCCGAGUCGUCGAAAAGACUCGUGAAAAAGUUGAAAACGGCGAAAAGAAAAGCAGGGUUUUGAAUAUCGAACCAUUCCGAAAAAUUUCGGAAUUGCAGAGAAAGCAGCUCGACGAUCAGCGAGGAGGAAAUCUCGAAGGAUGUCACGAUCAUUUUGACGCGAAUCUCUGACAUUUCCCUCCCGGCCAAGAUCAAAUGCUUCCAAUUUGUCGAUUUUCUGAAGACGCAGGACGACAAAACGCUUUAUCGCGUGAGUUUUUUUUUGGCUAGAAAAGUCUUUUGAGUGAAAAAAGUCUAUAAAUGGCUCAAUACGUAUUUUUCGUUCAAUUCCAGGCCUGCGAGAGUUUUUUAGGGCUUGUAAAAGUUAUGAAAAUAUCUCAAAUGUACAAAAUGGUGCGUAGUCCUUUUUUAUAGUCUUUUUUCUCCCAUAUCUGAAGAGUUUUUUAAAGCUUUGAAAAAAAAUUAAGGUUUGUUAUAAUCCGAGUUAAGUACAGAAAUGUAUUAGAGAUUAUUUUUUUCCAAGAAAAAAAGAAACACUUUGAUUUUUUUGAGAAUUCCUUUGAGAGUUUACUGUGAUUAGGACGUUUUUUUCAAGUUGUUUCUUUCAAAAAGAAUUUAUUAUUAGUUUGAAUUAAAAACUUCAUUUUUUUAUAAGUUUGACAGAAUUACAUCAACCGAAAGUAAUUGAAAAACUUUAAAAAAAGGUGGUAUGAAAUAAAAACAGGCAAAUUUUUCUAACUUUUUCCGAUUUUUUUAAUAUUUUUUUAGGGAACUGUCCGACUUUUUCGAUAAACUCUUCAUUUUGAACCUUCUUAUAUAAAAAGGGGUAGUUGAAUCAUGAUUAGAACACAAAGAAUAAGGAGAAAAUGAUAUUUCAAAAACCUAAAAGCAUAAGGGAAAAAAAUCAGGAAGUACCCUAGCGAUGAAAAAAAAUCUGAAAUCCACGGCUCGAAAAUUCGCUGGUUUUUUAUCAUACCACCAAAAAACAAUAGAUUCUUUCCAGGCGUUUGCCCUUCUGACAACAAAUACAGUUCAUUCGUUGAAACUGGAACUGGAACAAGACUCCAAUGGCUUCUCCCAUGCAUUAAAUUCCAAUUUGGACAUGGUUAAUCAACCUCACAAUUUUUUUCAGUUUGAAAAAGUCCUUUUAGAUGGGUCAUCGGGACGACAUCCGUUCCUUAUCUGUUUCUUCGUCCAAUAAUUUAGUUACUUCUGUUGGCGGUAACGAGGUUCAGCUUGACAUUCAUCUGAUUUUUCAAAUUCCUCAUUUCAAAGGUCAUCGUUUGGAGUACGCAUUCCCUCCGGCCGACGUUGAAAAUGAGCGACGAAACGUUGAAAGACAUCGUUUCUGUGUCUUUUGCUCCCGGUGAUAAUUAUUUGCUCUGCGGAACGAAGGUUUUUCCUUCAUUUUCAUGUUUUUCUAUACCUUCAAUAUUCCAGAAUGGAGACUUGGGCCUCUUUGAAAUUUCCAGCGCAGAUCUUGUGGAAACCCGCAAAGCCCACACCGGCGCCAUUUGGACGGUUAUGAACACGCCCGAUAACAAAGUUUGCUUUCAAAAUAAACUAAAAAUGACUUUAUUGAGAAAAUUUGGAGAGUUCAAUGAACAUUCGUGGAAGUUCUCAUUUUCCUAGAACUUUUUUUAGGUAUUCAAAAUGCUUCACCUAAAAGCUGAAGGUGUUCAGGAAAAUAAGGCCAUUUCGGCGAUUUUUUUUUUCGUUUUUUUCGUUUUUUCGGAAAUUUUGUGAAUAUUCACACACUGCUUCAAUUAUUUCUUUAAGGUCAUCUUCCGAAGAUUUUCUUAAAAUUCUUAAAAUCCUUUCCUUUUUCUAUUUUUUCGAUUCCAGAAGCUGCUUCAUCUAAGGUUGCUAAAUCAUUAAAAAAUCGCUAGCGAUUAUCUCAAAUUUUAUUGAAAUUUUGAUUUUUAGAAGCUUCUUUCGAAAAUUGCUUCAUCUAAAGUUUCAAGGUUAUCAUGAAAUUUCUGUCGAUUUAUUCAUAGCCCAUGAAAGUUCUCGUUUUCUAGAAUAUUUUUUUCUUAAUUGUCAAAAAAACUACUCUAUCUAAAUUUUUCAAGGCCACUAGGACAUUUCCGGAGGUUUUUCUCAAAAAGUCAUAAAGUUUUUCUUAAACUCUGAAAUCAACGUCGAAAAAAAUAAUAUUGAAAAUCAAAAAGGAAACUUUUAAUUAAAUUGUUAUUUUUCAGGGCUUUAUCACAGCUUCGGCCGACAAAACUGUGAAGUUUUGGUCUUUCAUCGCAGUAACAGAGGGAACGAGGUUUUUUUCAACAUUUUCGAAAAAAAUUUCAAAAAAAUAAAAAUCGAUGAGAAAAAAAUAUUGUAGCGUUUGAAAGAAAUUUUUUUGAUCAAGAAGAUAACUAAACGUGUAGACGGUUUCAUUUUAGUUUUUUUUUAAAAAAAGGUAUUGAGAACUUCUUGAGUGAAAUCAUCAGAUUUUAGUUUUUUUAAUUUUUUUGAAAUGUUUCUGUUAUUUUUUUAUGAUGCCGAAAAAAAUUCAAGGGAUAGAUUUCGGUUUCUGAAAAAAUCUUUAAAUUAGCUUACCAAACUUCUCCUUUAAAUUUAGUUAUGGCAUGUUCAAAGUAAUUCCACGAAACUGAAAAUAGCCGUCAGACGGUAGAAAAGGUAACUAAACUAUGGAGAAUCAGAGAAAGUUUGAAAUUUCACGCAAUUUACUUGGAACAUGGCUUGAAAACCAUUUUUAAGACAACGACUGUCGAUCCGCGAAUCGAGGGUUCUCGAAUUGCCCGAUGAAGCGUUGGCCGCCUGCCUCUCACCCGACGGCAAAGUCAGAACCUUCUUAGAAUUCAGAAAAAAGCCCCUUUUCAGUUUCUGGUAGUGGGUCUUCUGAACAACACGGCGUCCGUUUAUUUUGUCGAUACUCUGAAAUUUUUCAUUUCCCUCUAUGGACACUCGCUUCCAGUCACCUGCGUUGAUAUUUCGCCGGUCCGAAUAUCUGAGUUUUUGAUGAUAUUGUUUUAUUUCUAGGACAGUAAGUUGUGUGUGACCGGGUCCGUGGAUAAAUCCGUCAAGAUUUGGGGCUUGGACUUUGGCGACUGUCACAAGUCUUUCCACGCCCACGACGACACGUAUGUUUUUCUUAUUGAGAAAAAAAUACUUUUUAUGUUUAAUGAUCAAAGGUCUCAUAAUAAUUUUCAAUUUCUCAAAAAAAAAAAAUCUCACACAACCUGUCAAAUUAAGCGGUAUAGCUGAUUCACGGCUGGCUUGAGCCAUCGAGAAAAGGGUCUUGCCAGGAAAAGAGACGAAACAGUGCCCUGGUUGGUGGAGAGUGCAGGCAAGCCACGCCUUUUUGCGUCCCAAGCUAGCCGUGAACCGUCUAUAUCAUUCAAGUUUAGCGAUAUCGUUGAAGUUAGGCAAAAUCGUUAAAAUUAGGCGAUAUUGCCAAAGUUAAGCGAUUGCGCCAUAUUCUCGCACUUUUUGCUCACUUCUCGUUGCCUCUCUUUUUAAAAUAGUCAUGAAUUAAUUUUCUUUUUUUACCUUUUUUAACUGAUUUCCCUUCAGUCUUCAUUCCACUUUGAUAUUUUUACGAACAUUUUUGAACUCGACUCAACACACGUUCUCCCAGAAACUCGAUAACGUCAAAAUUUCAGAUUGAGUUUUCUGAGCUCAAUUUGUGGUCUAACUAAUUACACAAGGUCCUGAAAAUUUUAAAUAGAACUUUUUACUGGCUCCGCCCCUUUUUAGAGUUACGGUAGAGAAAGCACCAAAAAAACUUUUUUCAAACGAAAACUAGUGACAAAAUGAACAUUUUUUUGCGUACAAACUUCUUUUUGAAUGUUUUUUUUACAUACUGAUUUUUAUUGGAAAGUUUUUUUUUUUCGUAUUUUGCGGUUUUUUUCGACCGGAAGAACCCACUAGACAGUGAAAUUUUAUUCUUUCUUAUUCGCUCAAUCGAUUUGUUGAGUCUUUUUGUGUUAGGAAAACUAGAAAACUAUGCCAGACAUGUAAGCUUUUUUUCGUUUUAAGGGUAUCAUCUGUUUUGUUCAUUCCCGGCGAGGAAACGCUAUUCUGGUCGGCUGGAAAAGACGGAAAGGUCCUUUUUACCUGAAUUUUUUGAUUCUUUAUCAAUUAUUUUCAGAUAAAACAGUGGGAUCCGAUCAAGUUCAAACACGUCCAGACGUUGGAUCGUCAUUUUGCCGAAAUCAGGGCCCUCGCACAGUUUGAUUCCGGAGCAGUUAUGGUAAUCCUUGAGAGGUAUCUCUGAAGAAACUGUGUGUCUUGAAGUUCUCGGCCUCGCACGACAAGUCGAUCCGGUGCUGGGAGAGGACAGAAGAGAUGCUGAUCCUUGAGGAGGAGGAGCAGGUCGAACGGGAGGCCGAGUACGAGAAGAGGCUGGCCGACGAGGAGGACGUCGUCCCCGGCGAGGAGCAGGAGGCCGAGGCCGGCGUCGCCGCCAGCAAGACCAGCUCUUCAAUUGCUUCUGUACGAAUUCUAGUCGUUUUUUGCUUGGGAAUUAUCUAUCACUUGUUUUAGACAUAUAUGUAUUCGAAUAGGUAAGCAAGAACUUUCAAAGCAAUAUCAAAAAACCGUCUUUGGCAAGCUCGAGCUCAAAAUAUAUAGUUGAUCUCAUUGGCAGUAUGAUCUUACGGUCCUUCACCUCGUUCUUCAGCGCAGUUUUUCGCCAGUUGAAGCUCUGAAUGUUCUGAAUGUUACGGCUAGAGCCCAUAACUAGGAGUGAGGGCUUAAGGGGAAAUCAUUUUAUGGAUUUUCAUGUUUAAAAAAGGAGAAAUUUCCUCGAUAGCUUCAAAAAUAUAAAGUUUAUAAUGCUGUGAUGCUCAGGCGAAAAUUUGAGUUUUAAAAACUUAUAGUACACUUCCUGUUUAGGCUGAAAAUAUCAUCGAAGCUGUAGACAUUGUGCGGAAUGAAAGGGUUCAACGAGAAGCUGAUGACAAGGUUUUCAGUUAUUUCAUCGAAAAACUUGACCUGUUCGAUUUUUUUAGCAUGAACCUCAUCCGUUGAUCGGCGCUUAUCGAAGUAAAUCGCUGGAUCAUUUCAUCGUUGACGUCAUUGCGAAGUGCCGACCGACGUUAGUUUCUUUUUUGGAUUUACUAAUAUUUUCAAUAAGGGCGUGUCUAAUUUAUAAUUGAAAUAGAGCUCUUCAGAAACAACUUCCUGAACAGCUCGAAAGUAAUUAUAGUUCUUACUCGUAGGAAUCAUUAAAGUGUUUUUGAACAAGGUGCAGAUUUUGCGAAUGACCUGAAAUGAAACUAGAAAAGAUUUAUCGUUUCAAGACCUUUCUAUCAAUUCUUCAUGCGCCUUUAAAUACACCUCCAAGUUUCUCUGAACGGGAUAAAAUGAUUAAUUAUCCAAAAAAAAGAGUUUAAAAGUAGUUAACUCAUAUUUUCCGACUUUUUUGAAGAUCAGAAGUUUUCAAAAUAUACAAGGGGCCAGCUUGUCCCGUUUUUCAUUCUACGAAAAGUUCGAUCGGAGUUCGUUAGAAGCCUUUUAUCUUUCUGCUGUCUUUUUCGAAUUUUUUGAAGCAGAAGCUGCGUUUACGGUAGUUUUUCCUUCUGGUGUGCUUUUAAAACGUAAAAAUCUAACGCUUUCUGUAGUCCGUCCACCGCGACUUGACAGUUUUUGAGUGUCUGAGUCUCUCUGUUCCCUCACCGGCGAGGUCAGAGAAGCAUGGAAAUAACACGUAAACAUGAGAGACGCGUCGAGAAAGGAGGAGGGCGCAGAGAAGCCCCGCCCUUUUAAGUCGCCAAAAAUGGACUAUACCAACUAUAAAAUUAAGUGAGUUGGAACGAGCUCUUCUGAUGGUCCCACUUUCUUACGUCAACGACAUCCUCUCCUCCUUGUCUUCUUGUGCUAGAGCUCAUUACAAAGUAGAGUUCAUCACAAACGUCGCUCUCUACCUCAUUCGGUAACAAAAUAAAACAUCUUUUGGAUGGGAAAUUCAUUUCCAGACUCCACCUUAGUCAUAUAAUCGUUUCGACAGAAGCUCUCGGCGUCAUUGAAAGACUGAAAACAGAGUUGCCAGCCGGAAUCGACGAUUUACGAGUUAGUCUUGUAGUUUGGAUUCAUAGUCAAAGUCGGAAAGGAUGGAAAAAGGCUCCAUAGAAAUGUUCCUUUUUUGCUGUCUUUUUGCUGCCAUUUCAUCGGCUCCUAUGCACCAUUUUUGCUGCCUCUCCUUUUUUCCACCAUUUCUCGAUCCUUUAAAAUCCCAAAAAAAAAAAUGGAGGUCUCGAUAAAGGGUUUUUUUUUGCUGCCUUUUUGCGGCCUUUCUGAGGCCUUUUUUGAACCUUUCCCCUCUAGCGGCCAUUUUCCACCAUUCCGACUUUGCCCGAGCCGAGAUGAAUUUGACAAACGUUGAUUUUGAGGACAUCACGGCGUUGAACUUGUCGGCCUUGCGACUCUUUGCCGCCGAGUUCGAAGACAAAGACGGAGUGAAAAUGUUCGACCAAAUUGCCGCGGGUCUCGACGAGAAAACGGCCAAGAAAAAGAACAAGGCCAGGAAAGCCGUCAUCCGGACUCUUGUGUAG